AUGGAUGCGUGUGCCCGGAUCAGAGGGGUCCCUUUAAAGAAUCGCGUAACUAUCAGGAAGGAGACAAUCUGCGAGAGCUCAGCUGUGUGUCUGAAAAGCCUGCUGAAGAACAGGAAAGAGCUGUGCAAUGUCUUGCUGGAGCUGCAUUCAAAGGACCCACAAUGUCUGUCAGAGAUACAUUUUGUAUGUUUACCCAGUCUUUCUGAAGGAGAGGAUGUCACUCAACAGGCUCUGUCUUCUGCCUCAGCUGAAAUAUCAGAGUUAUUGAGAUCUCUACAUGCACACAGUCUCAAAAAUGAAGAAGUGCUGCUUCUCAAAGACUCUAGAAGAUUCCUUGAGAGAAAAGACAGUAUCUCUCAGAACACUUGGUCCAAAGCCAUGUGUAUACUGAGGUACAGUCCCAUCCCUCACGUCAGUGUUUACACCAUACUUGGGCUCCUGACCAGGUAUACAGCAGGGAUCAGGUAUGCUUUGGAGCUUCAGUCUCUACAGAGAGGCAUAUCAGAGGUUGGUCAAGCUGAAGAUGAUGACACCAACCAAUCUGUUUCAUCCAUCGAAGAAGAUUUUGUCACUGCUUUUGAGCAUCUUGAAGAGGAGGAGUUUGGAGAUUACUCAUGUGGCCAGCGAAACCAACGAGAUGUGGCUUCCCAGACUGUCCCUUCUCACUGCAAAAAUGUAUCAGGGUCUCGCAUCAUCAGAAGCUCAGUCCCGAAGAAAUCUAUAAGCAAACAGAAAUCCAACUCUGAGGUGUCAGUUCACAAAUCAUCAGCAACUCAGAGCUCAGAUGGAGAGAACCAGCUUAGCUUUUACACUUCAAAUAGCCCACCAAAGGGUAUCACAUCUACAUCACUCACAGAGUCUGAUGAAUCAGAUUGCUCUAGUCCUAGCCCCAUUAUUUUCCUGGAUGAGGUUGGCUAUCAGAAGAGUCUUAAAGCAAAGCUUGACAUUCCCAAGAUCCCUGUUUUGAAAGAAGGAGUAGAGGAUUCUGACUCAGAGGUCAGUGAGUUUUUUGAUAGCUUUGAUCAGUUUGAUGACCUGGACCAGUCUUUUGACACCAGUAUGAAGAUGCAUGAAGGGCAGACCCUCACAAGCCUGACACAGAGAAAGAAAACCUCUGACAGCUCUGGAUCCAAGUUUGUUUCGAGGGGGUGCUCAACAACUGCAAUGAACCCACACAAGUUUGACCACCCCAUUCUCCCUGCUAAUGUCAAGAAACCCACUCCGCUCAAACCAGGAUCACCGUACAGUGUACAAUCUGAAGUUCCAGAUUCUCCACAGCCAGUGAGAACAUCCGGUGAGGAAAGCAGUGGCCUAUUCAGUCCAGUUCGCUCAUCAGCUUUCAGUCCUUUGGGAGACGGUGGGAAUCUGGAGUAUUUUUGGAAAGCUGAUGGGGAUGGCUUGGAGUUGCGCAAACCACAGGAUCUCUGCGCAUUGUACAAAACGUACUCUGAUUUUGCUAACAACCUUUCAAAAGAAAUUCUUGGAUCUGUUUGUGGGUAUGCCUCACCCACUGAUAUAAACAUUAAUAAGAAUUUGAGUUGUGUAUGUCAUAAAGAAUUCAGAAACACUAGUGGACAUCUAAUGAAGCUGUCAGACAUUCAAGAGACUGUCACUAUCGCCAAAUCACAGCAGAAACAGUCUCUGAAGGAUGGGAUUCAGAGGUUUGCCACAGAUCUGGUGGAAAUGAGCCUUGGGAGUGCCUUAAGAGAUUUACAGAAAGGCGUGUCGUCUUGCACCACAACACUUUGCCAUUUAGCUGCUAGGUUGACCUCUUCAGUGUUUCAGAUGGCUUUUCAAGAGAUCGGUAUGCGUCAUGCGUACUUGUUAAAAGAACGUGCCAUAAACGGGUUGGCAGGGUUCCUUGUUGGGGAAGCAGUGUCUGGAGCUCUAAAAGAGUUCCUGUUUGUGAAGAAACAAAUUUUCAACAAUACCGUCACCAGAUUUGCAGCUGACCUUGCAGAAGAAUUGAUAUUUGAAGGGAUUAUGGAGGUUUGCCAGUUCUCACAUCCCUCUACGCCUCUUACUCCAAGUGAUUGGUCUUUUGAACAAGAAGAGGAAGUGGUUUCUUCCUAUGCCUCAGACCUCUCGGAAUCAGUUCUCCAAGAAGCUUUCAUUGAACUCUCCCAAGCAGAUGUGACAUUUACAACACAGGCUGCCAUUAGUGUUUCCCUGGACAACAUCUGCUAUGUUAGUGCUGAAGAUACAUCCCAGACAACAAAAACCUGCAAUGCCUCAACUAGUUACCUAGGACCACAGUUAGCAAGUGACUCUGAAAACUCAGAACAAGAUGGCUGUACUGUGAAGAAGGCCUUGUUUUGCGUGUCAGGGAUGGCCAGUUGUGUUCCAGUACCGGUAGCUGGAAAAGCUAUCUCUCACCUACAAAAUCCAGAGGAAUCCUGUCAAUAUAAGUCCAGUAUUAGUCACACAUGUCAAACUAGUCCAAAAAGAAGUGUUUGCUCUCAAGGAAGGGCAGUGACCUCUACAUCAGACACAUCUGCUGCAACACAGACUGAUUCACCGCCAGGUCAUUUUUCUCAUGGAUCCACUAACAGUAUCUCUGGGGAACCCUCAUCUGGGAAAACUAUUUUUCAAAACUUCUCUGGUAACAUGGUUGACAUGAUAGUGGGUGAAGCAUUUGACCUCAUGACCACAACCAAAGUGAAGAAAAAAGUUGAGCAUUGUGCAGACUUUUUGAGUAAGACUAUAGGAGGGCGCAUACCAACUAACAGUCGAAGUAUGGCUCAAACUUCAGGAUCACAGGACAUGGCAUGUUGGAGUUUACCAUGUGAAGACAGUAGUGCACCCCAGAAAGAUCCAUAUUUUAAUCAGAAAGGAAGUUUUACAGAUUCCUAUUGCUUCCCUUCACCCCAUUCUUCCUGUAGCUCAGGGUCAAAACACAUUGAAAAUGUUACAUGUAACCCAGUCACCCGACAUUCACACCCUGUUAGUAAAGUGGCCUCAGACACCCACCCCAUCAAGAUGAAAGAUACCUUGGAAGUGCCAAGUUUUGAAGUCACAUCUCGAGGACCUAGAAAGAUGACCACGGAAGAGAUGAUUGGCGGCAACUCGGGGAGGAAAUCAAAUGGAACCCCUGGUACUCCACCCUCAACCCCACAGCAGCCAACAGAGAUCUCUAAUGAGAAACAGAUCAAGCAGUUCUCUAAGAAACUCAAAGGCAAGCUUGCCAAGGAAUUCUCUCCUGCCACUCCACCACCUACCCCACACUACCAGCCUGCUUCUGAGGUAAAAGAUGUGACCUCUGAUUCAGAUAAGGCAGACUUCAUGCUGAAGCUGAUGAGGUCUCUCUCUGAAGAAGCAGGUAGUGAAGACCAUGAGGAUGAGGAUCGAGAAGAGGGCCCAGACUCUGGUAUUUGCUUGCCAGAACAAACCUCAGUUGAUGGAAGCAGAAUCGUGGAGAAAGGAGCUCUACAUUAUGCAGAACGUUUGGCAUGCCAUAUUGUUUCAAUGGCAACUGAGAUGGAUACCUUAAAUGUGAAUGAUGGAAUAAGCUUGGCAAAUAAAAAACCCAAGGACAGUGUUGCUUUGCACAGUGCACAGUUUUCAGAGCAGACUUUGAACUCCUUGUGGACAUAUGCUGGAGAAAUUGCAGGAGAAGUCAUCAGUGACGUAAAACGGAUGAUGAGCUCCAAGCAUUGUCAUCACAAAGCUAUGAAAAAAAGCUCAGAGAAAACAGCAGAGGGCCAUCACCAUGGUGAUCAGGCAGACUGUCAUUUGAGCACGAUGGCUGACCACUGGUCGAAUGAAUUUCUGACCUCAGUUCUCAAUCCUCAUGGCAGUUGUUCAAGCGGAAUGUCAUCUGAGUUCCCAAGCUGUGAGAGUGUCACUGAUGAAUAUGCGGGACACCUCAUCAAAGUUCUGAAAAAAGAAGGCGGGAGUAGGGAACUCAUAUUGGAUCAGUAUGCUAGUCGACUGGCAUAUCGAUCUAUUAAGUCAGGGCUGGCACAUGCUGCACGGAGAAUAAAACAAAGGUCUCCAUUAAGGCUUCAUUCCCCCAGGCAUUUAUAUAGUGAUGGCAGCUGCAAUGUCUUUAGGAUUCCCACCUCUGAAUCAUCCCCCUCCAUUCUUGCAAGAGGAAAAGAGGCCCCUUCUGGUGAAUUUAUGCAGUGCCUCUGUCAAACCAGCGAAGACAGAACUAGGAGUGACUACAUUGAACUGGUGAAUUUUGCAGAGUCUUUGGCUUACAGCAUUACUUGCGAUGUCACAAGAAAGCUCAGAAUGUCUUCAGUCAGGCUGCCAAAAUCUCUAACUGAUUCAUGUCUGUACAAGAAAUCCAAGUUGGAGGAUAUGGCUGAAAACUUAAUCAAGACUACAUUUUCAUGUUCUCUUUUACCUUACACAGAGAAAAACAGGCAGUACCAUAGUACUGGCAGUUUAAAUGAUAGUAACUAUAACAAUGGCGUAUUGCAAGUAAUUGAGCAUUAUGCCAGAAAGAUUGUUGAUGACACUUUAGAAAUGACAUUAGGAGCAGCAGGACAUCAGGCCACCGGGGACAGAAGGUCUUUGGAACAGAGCUCUCAUGCUGAAAAGCAAGCAGAGUGUUAUAAAUCGUGCCAACACUGCCAAGAGAGGGACGGUCCAUUUUGUAGAAUACAAGGCAGGCAUCAUUUUCAGAGUUUGCAAAAGAGGAGGCAAGAGUCUGAUGCGGUAAAUGGUCUCGAGAUUCCUAAAAUCCACAUCGAUUUGGAUAAGAGAGCAGUUUUUGCAGAAGAAAUGGUGUCGAGAGCAAUUGAGAAAGCGAAGAAGGAACUGAGCAGUACCAGUUUGAAUGCAGACAGUGGGAUUGGACAUGAUGGUGCAAGCUUUGCAGAGAGUCUCACCACAGAGAUUAUGAUGUCAGCAAUGUCCAAUGUCUGCCAAAACCUAAAUUUCAGUGCCCCAGGGAAGGAGGGGAUAAAUGUGACAGAGUCGACAGUGAGCCAGCAGCUCAGCCUUAGUGUUGGAGAUGACAGCCUUGGCAGCUGGUCCAAUCUGAGCUUUGAGGAUGACCACCCUGAUGAGAGCAGCAGCUUCCACCAUCUUAGUGACAGCAGUAAUGGGAACAGCAGUAGCUGGAGCAGUCUGGGGUUAGAGGGCGAGGUUUAUGAAGAGCAUUUGUCCUUCUCCCCAUCAGACAGUGAUUGCACAGAGGAGAAGGAAACAGAGGCCAAGGAGGAUUUGGGUGGAGCAGCACAUGUGGACAGAGGGCAUACUCAGGGAGAAAGGGUGUUAUUGGUGGUCAGCACAGACGUAAGGGAACAGUCUCUGGAUCCCCAGCUGAGGGCAGUGCUACAGUGGCUGGCCGCCUCCAUUACUGAGUUACCCUCUGUGCAGCUGGGCCAGCACACUGACCAAGAGCUUCAGCAGCUGCCGGCGGUGGUGCAGACCCUUAGGGAGAGGGACUGGCGGAUCGGGGACCUGGUACAAGCCCUGAUAAAAUAUUAUGAAGAGUACCCAUUGGAAGAGGACCAAGGGGCCAGAGGAGGGAGACUUAGCCACAAGUCACUCUUCCAGUGGCUUCUAGAACACGCUUAGAGCUCAACACCACGCUGCUUAUUUAUGUCAAUCAUGCACCAGCUAGUGAACGCUAACAGCACCAUCAUAACAUGAAGAAUCCCAUCACUUUACUGUGAUGUGCACUGAACCUGCCAAAAAUAGAGGCCUAGCCAGUGGAAUGUGUCUGUUCUUGUGUAUUGCUUGUAAAUCAGUUGCCACCCAGGGGGCAGAAACGGCUGACGUAAUCUCUCUCCAUGGUGAGUGAGGGCUUUGCAUGCUUUGACUGAAAGAACUUUUUGUUUGUUUCCUCAUAUUUUUGUCUCUAGGUUUUCUUUAAUAUUAGACUGCAUAUCAUUCAGUAGUAUGCAAUCAUUCACGCCUACCUCCUCUGUUUUUGCUUUCACACCCUGCCCUAGAGUUCUCGUUAGAGAUGAGAAAGAGAGGCCUUUGUGAGUGAUUGGGUGUUUAAUGUUAGGGAAUCCCCAUAGCUGCAGGCAGGAGUAGGUCACCUCCAUACCUCUCCUCUGCAACACUGUUUCCACUUGUCAAGUGGACAAAGUUAAAGCGUUACUAUUACUCCCGUUCUUCUUUUCUAGGUCCCUGCAGAAACUUGCAGAUGCACGGCAAAGAUGCCAAAUGAACCAAGAUAGUACCAGACAAUUAAACGCCAAUUAUUCUAUAAUCAUAUUUUUACCCCAUUCGAGCACACUUCUGGCAAUAACACUUGGACUCAAAUGCCUGUGGUUUUAAAAUACCGUUCCAGUGAGUUGUUUCAUGGUAAAUAUUGACACAGUGAAGUUAAAAAUAGUUUUAGUUGAGAGAAUCCAUCCGUAAGUGUUAGAUUUCUGAUUUUAUCAGCGCAGUGACUCAUCCCCUCUAUUUAGAUAU